CCGAUCCUGCGGAGAGAUCCUACCACUGCCGUCAGCCUACGGUGGAACAGCCAACAGGAGCUGAAAAUGAGCAUUCUUUCUCAACAGUGAUUUCAGCUGACAACAUGUUGACAUUAUCAAUUGAUGAAGCUGUCAUGAUGCCGGGAACCAACUUUGAUGAUGUUAGUGAAACCGAGGACAAAGAAUCGGAAAUCUGCCCCGAGCACGAACAGUGCUCCGUUGAUCUCAGCAACAUUACGCCUUCGGUAGAGUCAGAGAAGGAUGACAAUGAAAAGGUGGGCGAAGAGGACGAGGAAUUACCCAAAAAGAGAGGGCCCAGGAAGAAGGCGAUGACCAAAGCAAGGAUUGAGCGAGUCAAAGUGAGGAGGACAGAGGCGAAUAUGAGAGAAAGAAAUCGGAUGCACGGUCUGAACAAUGCCCUGGACAACCUUCGCAAAGUUGUCCCGUGUUAUUCCAAAACACAGAAACUAUCCAAGAUAGAAACUCUGCGCUUAGCUAAAAACUACAUUUGGGCCCUAUCUGAGAUCCUACGCAUUGGCAAGAGACCCGAUCUGCUUACCUUCGUACAAAGUUUGUGCAAGGACUUAUCCCAGCCAACUACCAAUCUCGUUGCUGGUUGUCUGCAACUCAAUACCAGAAACUUACUGUUGGAUCAGAGCGGAGAUGGAGCUCACAUUGCGAGAUCCCAAUUUUCCUCCACCCUCUACACAUAUCAAAACCCAGAUCUGGGUAGCCCCUCGGGACCGAGUUCGAUGGAUAGCUCCUCAAAGUCCAUGAAACCUUACAGCUACUGUGGUGCUUACGAGUCUUUCUACCAAAACGCUUCUCCAGAGUGUGCGAGCCCACAAUUCGAAGGUCCCCUAAGCCCUCCAAUUAACUUUAAUGGGAUUUUCUCCCUGAAGCAAGAAGAUCCAUCUGACUACGUGAAGAAUUAUCACUAUGGCAUGCAUUAUUCCGCCGUGCCAGCCAGCCGUCCCUUCGGACAGAGCUACAUGUUCAGCCCAGCCAUGCGAUGUGUGAUGCCCACAGACAGUACAUUUCCUUACGAUUUCCAUCUGCGCGACGAGACGCUUUCGAUGCAGGACGAAUUAAAUGCGGUUUUUCAUAAUUAAUGUGCAAAAUGGUGGUUAUAUAGAUCACAGGUGAUUAAGAUAAAAUGGUGGGUGGUACAUUAAAUAAUUGAUGGAAAAAUUGUUUCUAACAGGAUGUCUGCGAUCAUAUUCGGAUGUUACUUGAUGGCAGAGAAGCAAUAAUCUAAAAUCUAUGCAAGUGAGUAAAUUACAUAUUAAGCAACUACCCCUUCAAAAUAUACACCAUUUGCCCUCCGUUACCUCUCGCGUACACUUUUCAUUUCAUGGUCUCAUUUGUAAAUUUUUUUUUCUUAGUGUCACGGACAAAAUAACACACUAGUGUGGACUCUGUGGCACAACGGUAUUUUGGUCAAUUUUACGCUAAUGGAUCUUAAAUAGAGAAAUGGGAUGUGGAAUAAUUUUAAGUGCCACCUGACACUGAAGGAUGCAAGCUCAAUAUUGUAUAUAGCAGGCCACAUUCUAACUCCAGAAACAGCAAAUAAAUAAUUGGUUUGACAAUUUACUUUUUUUUUGCCUUUUAGUCCUGAUUCAGCGUUGUUAACUAUCAGUUAGGAGAAACUCAUUUUAACAAUGAUUGUUCCGAGAAGUCAAUAUUUUCGACAAUCUCAGAACUGGUGUUUAUAUUAAACAACAUUUUUAGAAAUAUUUAUUUUAAAACACGCUGACUAUUUCCAGUCAAUUAAUUUGAUCCUGUGGAAAACUUAUUCAUAUAAUCGGAAUGAUUUGAUGUUUGCUCGCAUCUUUCUUUUGUAAUUGGCAGUCAGAAACAUUUGGGAGUAAUCUGUAUGAACGAAGUUUUUAAACAAAAAUGUGAAAAUUAGCCGAAGUGCCCUACGAAAUGCACUAGCAUCCUUCUUCGCCUCAAGGAUGUGGAAGUACGGUCUGUAUGAAUCAACAGACAGAAUGAAAAAUAAGACCGAUUGACAAUAUUUUCUAUUUAUCGUUUAUUCUUCCGUCCUUCUAAACAGUGAAGUGAGCUUCC